AUGAAGGCCUCAGCAAUAUAUUAUGGAGUUAUAGUUUUUCUUGCCUGCGACAGUGUACAUGCUGCGGUAAAUCUUAUCGGCUCUGAAAUGUACAUUCGAAAGAUUACCAAACGUGUUGUUGAAAUUCUCGAAAACCGGUAUAUAACGGGGCCAGAUUUGCCUAUCGAUGACUACACGGCACCCAUUGAACUUCAAUCCUAUGGCAUACAGCUGAGAGGCAACGUCUCGUUUCAUUCUGGUUUCGUAUCCAAAAUCGGUACAAUGGAAUUGAAUAUGCAGCGUUUCCGGCAAGUUCUGCUCGAUACGGAAGCUCAAAUUGAAGCCAACAUGCUUUGGCGCGACAUUGGCAUUGCUCUGGACUUUUACGCAGACCUGGAAGGGUACCAGGGCUCGGGGACAUUACUGGUGACCUACGGUCAGUUUGACUUACCAUUAACUACAAAACGGGUAUUUGCCACAGGUGAGGUAUCGGGCACAUUGAAGUUCAUGUCGAUAAGCAGCCAGAACGAUAUUAUUAUCGUCGGGCACCCAAAUAAUGCCCACGUGCAAAUGAUAGCGCGAGCGAUAAACACAAACUUCGAUUUCCGAAAUUACAUGAUGUUGUCCUUUCAGCGGUGGAACUUUCAGAAUAUUCUGAACAUUGCUCUGUCAGAAAUUCCCUAUCCGGAAAUAUGUUACAAUUGCUAA